AUGGCAAAAUCUUACGCUGUUGCCGCCGGUAGUACGGACAGAAAUGCCGCAUUGUCGCCGGAGGCUCCUCUCGCUCCGGUCACUAUGCAGCGCCCUGUGCGGACCGACUUGGAAACCUCCAUCCCUAAGCCAUAUAUGGCUAGGGGAUUGAUAGCCCCGGAUAUGGACCACCCGAACGGGACGCGGGGUCUGGCACACAACAACUUGAGUGUGUUGCAACAACAUUGUGCUUUCUUUGAUCAAGAUGAUGAUGGCAUCAUAUAUCCAUGGGAGACUUAUUCCGGCUUUCGCCAGCUCGGCUUCAACAUGAUCGCCUCCUUCGUAAUGGCGAUCUUCAUCAAUCUUUCAAUGAGUUAUGCAACACUUCCGGGGUGGAUUCCGUCUCCUUUCUUCCCGAUUUACCUUUACAACAUACACAAGGCCAAGCACGGGAGCAGUUCGCGAACAUACGAUAGAGAAGGAAGGUACUGCCCUUCGGAAUUUGAGAACAUGUUUAGUAAGCACGCCGAAACAUUCCCGGAUAAACUCUCGUAUGGUGAGAUGUGGAGCAUGACCGAAGCAAACCGAGAAGCAUUCGACCUUUUUGGGUGGGUGGGUAGCAAGGUGGAGUGGACAAGUCUGUAUAUUCUAGCGAGGGACGAGGAAGGUUACCUUUCGAAAGAGGCGAUACGACGUUGUUUCGAUGGGAGUUUGUUCGAUUACUGCGCCAAAAUGCAGAUGGGUGCCGAGGGCAAGAUCAAGUGA